GAAAUUACAUGAAAUUUGAAGAUUUGGUUUAAGAUUGGAAGGAAUUUUAUUUUGAUAUUAGAUAGGAUUUAUUUUUGCUUAAGGAUUUUAUGAAGUUGCGAUGUUUCCAACUGUUUAAUUAUAAUACAUUCCAGCUGUGAUACUUGAAGCUAUCACCAUCUUAUAAGCUUCGAGCUUGUUAACGGUGACUGAGGAUUGAAGAGCACUAGGGUCUGUAUCUUAAACAAUGGUCCCCGCCAUUUGCAUUGCCUGGAUUAGUCUUUAAGUGGGGUCUUGUAUUAAAGCUAGAUAAAACUUUUUCUGAAAACUGAAAAGAAGUUUACCUUUUUAAUCUCAAGCCUUUUUAUUCCUCUUAAAGCUCAUACCUCAGCGUUGUGAACCACUUAGGAGAAGAUGUCUCAGAAAACCGGGGUUCCUCCUUCUCACCGGUUUACUGAAUCUUUGCCUGUUGAUUUUAGGUUCAUGGGUUCUCCGACUUCUGAUCGUGUUGGAUAUGCUGAUAUAAAUUUGGGAAUCAAUGGUGUAACCAACUUGAGUUCCCCUGAAGAAAAUGGUGAUUCAGGGGUCAAGGCUGUUGAAAGAGUUGAAAAUUUUGUUGCUGAUACUGAACAGGGAAAUGAAGAUUCACCAUACAAUGGGAAUGUUAAGCUUGUUGAAAACAGUCCUUCUGUGGCCGAAGAGGACUUGGACUCCACAAUUGCACCAUUGCCUUCAGUAUCAAAAUCUAACAAUGGACAGAGGUGCAGUGUCAUAACUUCCUAUGCUACAAAAAAGAAGGUUCAGUCUUGGUUUCAUCUUCCUAAUGGGAAUUGGGAGCUGGGGAGAAUAAUGUCAACUUCAGGAACGGAGUCUGUUAUUUCACUUCCUGCUGGGAAAGUUUUAAAGGUGAACUCUGAUAGUUUGAUACCUGCAAAUCCUGAUAUCCUUGAUGGUGUGGAUGACCUCAUGCAACUUAGUUACUUAAAUGAGCCAUCAGUGUUGUUCAAUCUCCAAUAUAGAUACAAUCAAGAUAUGAUAUAUACAAAAGCAGGACCAGUUUUGGUUGCCAUAAAUCCUUUUAAGAAAGUUCCGUUAUAUGGCAAUGAUUACAUUGAAGCAUACAAGAAUAAAUCCAUUGAGAGUCCGCAUGUCUAUGCAAUUGCAGACACAUCCAUCGGGGAAAUGACACGAGAUGAUGUAAAUCAAUCUAUCAUCAUAAGUGGUGAGAGUGGAGCAGGUAAAACUGAGACAGCAAAGAUAGCAAUGCAAUAUUUGGCAGUCCUUGGCGGUGGAAAUGGAAUAGAGUACGAAAUAUUGAAGACCAAUCCUAUACUAGAAGCAUUUGGGAAUGCAAAAACAUUAAGAAAUGACAACUCAAGCCGCUUUGGAAAGUUGAUUGAAAUCCAUUUUAGUGAAACUGGAAAAAUAUCUGGAGCCAAGAUUCAAACCUUUCUACUAGAGAAGUCUAGAGUGGUCCAAUGUGCAGAGGGAGAAAGGUCUUACCAUAUAUUUUAUCAGCUUUGUGCUGGUGCUCCUCGUGCUCUUCGAGAGAAACUAAAUUUAAAGGAUGUGGAUGAAUAUAAAUAUUUGAAGCAGAGUAAUUGCUAUUCUAUUACCGGGGUUGAUGAUGCUGAACAAUUUCGCAUAGUUAAGGAAGCUUUGGAUGUUGUCCAUGUUAGCAAAGAAGACCAAGAGAGUGUAUUCUCAAUGCUUGCUGCAGUACUGUGGCUGGGAAAUGUGUCUUUCACAAUGAUUGAUAAUGAAAACCAUGUUGAAGCAGUGGAAGAUGAAAGUUUAAUCAAUGUUGCCAAGUUGAUUGGAUGUGACAUUGCAGAUCUUAGUCUGGCUUUAUCAACUCGGAAAAUGCGAGUUGGUAAUGAUAAUAUCGUCCAAAAGCUAACACUAUCACAGGCGAUUGAGACAAGAGAUGCCUUGGCUAAAUCAAUUUAUGCUUGUUUGUUUGAGUGGCUGGUAGAUCAAAUUAACAAAUCACUUGCUGUUGGCAAGAGGCUAACAGGCAGAUCUAUCAGCAUUCUUGAUAUUUAUGGCUUUGAAUCAUUUGAUAGGAAUAGUUUUGAGCAGUUCUGCAUCAAUUAUGCAAAUGAGAGAUUGCAGCAGCAUUUUAAUCGCCAUUUAUUCAAGUUGGAGCAGGAGGAGUAUAUUCAAGAUGGAAUUGAUUGGACAAAAGUUGAUUUUGAUGAUAACCAAGAUUGUCUUCAUCUUUUUGAAAAGAAACCUUUGGGAUUAUUGUCUUUGUUAAAUGAGGAGUCCACUUUUCCUAAUGGCACAGACUAUACCUUUGCCAACAAGCUCAAGCAGCAUCUGAAUUCGAAUCCUUGUUUUAGGGGAGAGCGAGAAAAAGCUUUCACAGUCUCUCAUUUUGCCGGAGAGGUUACAUAUGACACAACUGGAUUUUUAGAGAAGAACAGAGACUUACUGCACCUGGAUUCAAUUCAACUACUGGCUUCAAGUUCAUGCCAGCUUCCUCAAGCAUUUGCAUCAAAUAUGCUUAACCAAUCUGAAAAGCCUGUAGUUGGUCCUUUACAUAAAGCUGGAGGUGCAGAUUCUCAAAAGUUGAGUGUUGCAACUAAAUUUAAGGGUCAACUCUUCCAACUAAUGCAACGUCUAGAGAGCACCACUCCACACUUCAUACGUUGUAUAAAGCCCAACAACUUUCAGUCUCCUGGAUCAUAUGAACAAGGACUUGUUUUGCAGCAAUUGAGAUGUUGUGGAGUCCUAGAGGUUGUUCGUAUAUCACGGUCUGGCUUUCCUACCAGAAUGUCCCACCAGAAGUUUGCCAGAAGGUAUGAUUUUCUACUAGUGGAAAAUGCUUCCGCGCAAGAUCCACUUAGUGUUUCAGUCGCAAUUCUUCAUCAAUUUAAAAUUUUGCCUGAGAUGUAUCAAGUUGGCUACACAAAAUUGUUUUUCCGUACUGGGCAGAUUGGGGUUCUUGAGGAUACAAGAAAUAAUACUCUUCAUGGCAUUUUACGCGUUCAAAGCUGCUUUAGAGGGUACCGAGCUCGCUGCCACUUUAAGGAGCUUCGAAGAGGAAUUACCACCCUACAGUCAUUUGUCAGAGGAGAGAAAACCAGGAAAGAAUAUGAUGUUUUACUGCAGAGACAUAAAGCUGCUGUUAUUAUACAAAAGCAGAUAAAAGGCAGAAAUGCUAAAAGAACAUUCAAUAACAUUCGUGGUGCAUCGAUUGUGAUACAAUCAGCUAUUCGUGGCUGCUUGGUCAGAAGAUGCUCUGGAGAUAUUGGAUUCAAGUCUGGGGACUCUAAGGCGAAUGAAUCAGAUGAAGUGCUGGUGAAGUCAUCAUUUCUUGCUGAACUACAGCGCCGCGUUCUUAAAGCUGAGGCUGCUCUGAGGGAGAAAGAAGAGGAAAAUGACAUCCUCCACCAGAGGCUCCUACAAUAUGAAAGCCGUUGGUCCGAAUAUGAGCUAAAAAUGAAGUCCAUGGAAGAAGUGUGGCAGAAACAAAUGAGGUCGUUACAAUCCAGUCUCUCCAUUGCAAAGAAGAGCCUAGCAGUCGACGAGUCGGAGAGAAGUUCAGAUGCAUCUGUCAACACAAGUGACGACAGAGAGUACUGCUGGGCUGCAGGAAGUAACCUAAAGGUCCCCGAGAGCAACGGGUUGAGACCAAUGAGUGCAGGUUUGAGCGUUAUAAGUCGGUUGGCAGAGGAAUUCGAGCAGAGGAGUCAAGUUUUUGGCGACGAUGCAAAGUUCUUGGUGGAGGUAAAAUCAGGGCAGGUAGAUGCAAGCUUGAACCCAGAUCGCGAACUUCGAAGGUUGAAGCAGAUGUUCGAAACAUGGAAGAAGGAUUACGCGGGGAGGUUACGAGAAACGAAAGUGGUAUUGAAUAAACUUGGAAGUGAAGAAGGUGCACUUGACAAGGUGAAAAAGUUCUGGGGCAGGAGGAACAGCACCAAGUAUAAUUAAUCAAACUUAUUUGCUGUGAUGCUGUCAG